AUGCCGCCUCCAGAAACCCAACCUUCCAGUUCUCAGUCCCGCCCCGGACAGAAAUUUGCCACUCUGGAUUGGUUCCCAGAACCCAGUCUCCUCCUCUGGCUCCUAGAUCGUUGGGCCUUUUCUCUGCCCCUCCUCGUGAGUGGGUCACACCACAGGGAGACACGACAGAGGCAAGAGAGGGUCUUGCAGAAAGGAAGAGGCAGGGACAGCAAGGAAAUACGACCUAAGACCAAAGAGAAAGGGACAAAACCUGGGACACAGAAGAAGAAAAGGAAUGCAGCUGUUGAUGUGGAGACUGAAUCCAUACACAGGCUGGCACUGCUGGAAAAGGAGAUGCUCCAAGACCACUUGGCUCUGUGGAGGGAUGAGGCCUGCCAAGCCAAGGCUUCUGAAGACAAGCUGAAGCAGAGGAUACAAGAACUGGAGGCUGAACUGGAGGGGGCCUGGAGUGAAGGGAAGGCCAUAUAUGCAGACAUGAGUCGUCAGUGCUGCACCCUGCAGGAGGUGAUGGAGCCCCACAGCAGGCAGCUGGAGGAGGAAGUGAGGGGCCUUCGGGCGCAGUUAGAUCAAUGUGCCAAAGGGAGGCUGAGGGCUACACAGAGAGAGGCCUUGCAGGCCCUUGGAGAGUGGGACCGAACUCUGGCUCAGCUUCGGGCCCACGUGGCAGACAUGGAGGCCAAAUACGAGGAAAUCUUACAUGACAGCCUGGACUGGCUCUCGGCCAAACUGAGAGCCGUCACCGUCCACGCCCGGCACAAGGAGCAGCUCCGCCAGUUUGGACUCAACCCCCUGGAUCUUUGA